ACGUCCACACCCCCCGGUCCAAAGCUCAGCAAGGAAGUAACGGAGGAGACGAGACCAAAGAAAAGGCCAGCACGCCGAGGCCACAGCACACAAGGGGGAAACUCCUCUGCUCCCGCCGCCCCCAUCGAUCCUGCCUGCCGCUCGAGAGGUCUGGUUUCUCGCUCGUCCAUGGCUGCACCCGCGGAGGAGGCGUCCGCCGCCGCGUCGCCGCCGCCGCCGGCCUCGCCGCGGGACGGCGUCACGGAGGAGGCGCCGGCGCCGCCCGCGAGGCUCCGGGGCUUCUGGCUCCUUGGGGAGGACAAGUCCGUGCACAGGGCUCUCGGUGGGGGUAAAACUGCUGAUGUACUGUUGUGGAAAGACAAGAAAACCUCAGCUGCAGUAGUCGGUGGUGCAACUAUCCUUUGGGUUCUGUUCGAAGUUGUCGAAUACCAUCUCCUGACUCUGGUAUCUCAAGUGCUGAUUGUUGCACUGACGAUCUUGUUCCUCUGGUCCAAUGCAACUGUUUUCAUCAAUAAGAGUCCUCCUAAUGUUCCUGAAGUGCAGAUAUCUGAAGAUCUUGCUGUGAACAUUGCCCUUAGGCUGCGUGCAGACAUCAACAAAGCGCUCGGCUUGCUGCGGGAGAUUGCUCUGGGCCAUGACCUGAUGAAGUUCCUAGGAGUGAUCGUGGCCCUCUGGAUUCUUGGGGAAGUCGGAGAGCUCUGUGAGCUCCUGAGACUGAUGUACAUUGUGGUCUUGAUCCUCCACACGGUGCCAAUACUGUACCACAAGUACCAGGACCAGGUGGACGAUUUCGCUGCGAAGGCACACACGGAGCUCUGCAAGCAGUAUAAGGUCCUGGACGCCAAGGUCCUGAGCAAGAUUCCCAGGGCUCCACCUAAAGACAAGAAGCAAAACUAGAACGAAGAUCAAAUCAGUGGACCUGGAGGACGACGACACGCGACUUGUAUUGGUUCUGAUGGGUGGUACAUAUUUUCUGUUUGGUUAGUAUCUGUUGUCUUGUCAAUAGAUUGUGUGGUGAGAAUCUGUAGAAAACAGUGGUCUGAUAUGGAUGGUGGUUUGGUUAGUAUCUAUUGUCUUGUCAAUACGAGUGCGUAUUUUCUGUUUGGUUAAUCUCAGAUGUUCUACCAGCUAGUACCUUACCUGACUGUAUUUCUGAAGAUAGAUUGUAUAUAUAAUAUAACUAUGUUCGAUGUGUCCUGGUUACCA